CUGGGGUCCACGCUGGUCUUUUUCUUGGACCCCCACCGGAAGCCCGGAUAAGUGGCGGUGACGCGUUCCCAAGCUUAAAGGGCCCCGCGGUGCGUGCAGUCACAGUGGCAGUGCAACCAUCAUGUCUGAUCUAGCCCCAGUCCAUUUCUUCUCCCAUGGAUCGACCGCCAUGCUGGGCGAGGAAUCAGAUUCUGCCGACUACUGGAAGCGAUGCGGCGAUGCGGCCCUCACUCAUGGCAUCGAGCACGUCAUUAUUAUGGGGGCGCACUGGGCCGCAGUCGGCGACGAAAUCCAUAUUGCGGCCAACCCUCAUCCCACCAAAGCCCCCAUUGGCGGCGUCCACCCGCGCAAGUACGUCGACUAUGAGCUGGUACCUGAUCUGCCAAUGGGCGAGCGAGUGAUUUCGACCCUGCGCCAGGCAGGCUUAAAUGCCAAAGCAAACCCGACCUUCACCUGGAUUCACGAUGUGUACCUGAUCUUGAUCCGCACCUUCCCCAACGGCUGCCCGCCCACGACAAUCAUCAGCAUGAAUGCGAGAUUCGAUCCACACUACCACAUGCGAGUCGGCGCUGCCCUACGUGACCUUCGCCGCGAAAAAGUGCUUUUUAUCGGAUCCGGUGGCACUGUCCACAAUCUUUACCGAAAUGUCUGGGGUCCCCUGCUGCGGUAUGCAGAUAAUUUCGCCAUGGAAUCGCCUCCAGGAAACUGGGCCCUCGACUUCCGCCAGGAAUUCGAAGAUGCACUGAUGAAGUCGUCGGGUCCGCAACUUCGAAAGGCAGUCACGAUGCUCAUGAAGAUACCCAAGUAUCGCGAUGCCCAUGCCACGGAUGACCAUAUUAUGAGUGCCAUGUUUGUGGUCGGCUUAGUUGGGGCACCCGAGGAUGCAGGGACACCGGUUGAAUUGGGGGCAGAGGAUUGGGAGUUGACCAAUAUGUGUAACAGCCAGUUUACAUUUGGCAGGUGGGGAGCUGUAAAGGCUUGAAGACUUCUCCUUAUAGUGCAUGAAAUGUGGUCAUAUCUGUAAUUUAACUGUGUCAAAAUCUAACCCUGUCAACGGGGAUCAAUGUGGUGUUGUGUCAUCAAAGGGGAUAUCAUCAACUUUGACCACAUUCUGAGUGUCAAGUCCGUACGCCUUGGCUACUGCGAGGCCAAUACCCUGCG